AACCGAUUGUGGUAAGGUUAGGCAGAUAGCGGGUCGCCAUCCAACCUAUUCAUUGCCUCCACAGUCGUCUCUCGGUCGUAGGUCAAAGCCGCAGAACAGUACGGCACCAAGUGAGGAAGAAACAAGUCGCACAAACAAUGCUCGUUAAAACAACAAAAAGAAUCAUUGCGCGCGAGUGUCUAUCAAUAAUCAAAACAAAACGUCAUCAUUUAAACACAGCAAGUACCACAGAACUAGUUCAAUCCAUCGAUGAUAUCCCAUCACCAAAAUCAUUACCAAUUUUUGGAACAACUUUAUCAUUUUUGAUGUCGGGGUCUGGAAGAAAACUUCACGAAUACAUCGAUAAAAGACAUCACCAAUUGGGGUCUAUCUUUAAAGAGACAAUUGGGCCAACUAGUGCUAUUUUUAUAUCAAAUCCGAAUGAUAUUCGAACAUUGUUUGCUAACGAAGGUAAAUAUCCCACACAUUUUUUCCCCGAUCCAUGGAUACUUUACAAUGAAACUCAUGGUUGUUCACGAGGAUUGUUCUUUAUGAAUGGCGAAGAAUGGUUAAAAAAUCGAAAAAUAAUGAAUAAGUUUUUACUGAGAGGUGAUUUUAAAUGGAUCGACGAUUCUUGCAUGGUCGUUGUAGAAGACUUAUUAAAGCGAUUCCUUAACAAUCACAACAAGUUAGAAGAAAAUUUAUAUACUUGGUCUUUAGAAACGUUAAUUUCAGUUCUUUUAGGCGCCGAAAGUUAUCAAAAAAAUAAACAUUUCAUCCGAGAAGAUAUCGAAGAUUUAUCAAAAGUUGUUCAUUUAAUUUUCGAAAAAACUUGUAAAUUUAGUAUAAUCCCAGCGAAAUUAGCGUCAACUUUAAAUCUACCUCAAUGGACACAAUUUGAAAGCACAGUAACAACAGCUUUGGAUAACACCAAAAAUUUAGUUGAAAUUUUAGUUAAAGAUUAUUCAAAAAAUAGCACUGGUCUUUUAUCAAAAAUGUUAACAGUUUUCGAUAUGGAAACUUUAACAAAAAUUGUAACCGAUUUAAUCAUAGCAUCUGGUGAUACAACAUCACAUUCAAUGGAAUUUAUUCUUUACCUCAUCGGUAAACAUCAAAAUGUUCAAAAUAAUUUAUUUAAAUCUUUAAAAAGUGGGCCCAACCCACCAAUUUUAAAAGGAAUUUUUAAAGAAGGAUUACGUUUAUAUCCGGUUGCGCCAUUUCUAACAAGAUUCCUAGCUCAAGAUACGAUUUUGAAUGGGUACAAAGUUCCAAAGAAUACUCUAGUAAUCGCGUCGAUAUACACCACAGGGAGAGAUUCGAAUUAUUACGAAAAUUCAAACGAAUUUAAACCGGAAAGAUGGAUGAGAACAAACGAUGUUUCGAUGCAACAAAUUUUACCAUUCGCCAUCGGUGCUCGAUCUUGUAUAGGUAGAAGAAUAGCCGAGGCGCAAAUAAUGAUUACAUUAGCGGAAAUAGUAAAAAUAUUUAAUGUAACGUUAAAAAAUAAUCAGAAAGAGAUUGAAAUGAUCCUGAAAAUGGUUGCGAUACCUUCGAGGACCAUAGAAUUAAAUUUCACGCCGCGGUGAAUUAAAUUUCGACGUUGACAAAGCGAUUUUACAAACAUAAUUUAUUACGACGUGCAAUAUUUUUAAAUAAAUUUAAAUUAUUUUUAAACUGCC